AUGAAACCAGCGGCAGUGUUUAUUUCUUUGGACAAGCGAGGCCCGACACGCAAAGCGCACCCUUGUUACUGGGUCGAGUGUAUUGGAUGCUCGUCAAAGGUCUUUAACUUCGAGAUAAUUCCAGAAGGUAGUGUAUUCAAGCAGCUUUUGGCAUCUCGUGAUCUAUUGGAUGAGGCGAGGGACGACAAGAAAGCUGCUAUUCUUCAAUUAAAGCCAUUUUUUGAAGCUGGACCGGCCUCCUACGACUGGGCCGGAGAUAAUGAAACCGGUCUUACCCCAGAGACAAUAGGUUACGAGGACUACGAAGCCGAAACGGUUAUUGCUGUGCAAGAGGUUGAAGGUGAAGCCUACUCGGAGGAUGAAGACGACCAACUUUUGUAA